AUGGAAUCCUCCCCACUGACCCAACUGCUUCGCCCUAACUCGUUUGAGCCAAAAAUCGUCCAGCUCUAUCUCCGUCUGUUCACGGCCCUGGCAAACGAGGAUGGCGAUGGAUCCAUACCGACCGAGGGAUUUUGGAGGGAGUUCUUCCUCCUCAAGCCCGACAAGCAGCGACUCUAUGACAUCCUCGAGCCAAUGACGGCUUUCGACCUGCUUCAUAUGCAAGCUCAGACGCAGGCAUUCUUCAGACGAGCCACUAGAGAAGCCUGCUCACGCGACAACAGCCGGAAUGAAAACGCCCUCGAGAAUUUAACUGCGUUUCUAUGCGCCGUAUUCACCAAGAAGUUCGCGAACCCAAACACUGAUGUAAUCGAAGUUCUUGCCGGACUCGACGCCAUCGACCAAUCCAUGUCCGAUAUAGUCCACGGCCUGGAAUCCAUAAUCCGUCAGUCAACAACUGACACACUGCGAUCAAAGGCAUUAGACACGACCCUUGCUUUGGUUGCAGGAGGUUUCCACACCACCCUUGUCUCCUACUUUAUGCACAAAGACCUCUUCUCCGGAUUGAUGAAGUAUGUUCACGACCUCCACGCAACGCCCUCGGCGGGCUUAAAAGUUUUUGUCAUUAUUGGCGUGCUCUCAAGCUACAACAAAUUCGAAUCACAGAACGUCUACCAAAACCGAUUAGAGGAUUUCGUCAACGAAGAGACUAUGCGUCAUUUAGUCCACAACUUCGCCUAUGCUUGCGCAAACAUUCGAAACCAAUACAUCUCCGUCCAGGAAGACCUCCCGGCCCCCUGGAAUCUCACGUCGACGUUGGUAAUGGUAGGCCUGCGUCCUCUGUCUUCGGACGCCAACAAACCCCUCCCUCCAUCUGAAGAGGAAGCCAAAGUCCUAUUCGGAUCUCUGCCCCAACCAGACGCCGCGUGUAUUUUAUCCUUGUAUUCCUUUGUGCAAGCGAACUCUCUGUUUUCUGCGACCCUUCUCAACCUCCCCUCCUCUACGAACGGAAAAGAAAGCAAAGAAACUCCGCUGUCCGCAUUUCUCUCGUUAACGUCGUACAUCUCGCACCACGCCUAUCGCGGGCCCCGCCAGUCGACAUAUGGAGCGUUGAGCCUGCUCUCGCUCCGAGUAUUAGUCGAAGACGCACUACUCAUCAAGAAACUCUGUUCGCCCGACUCGAAAACCACUGUCCGCUUAUGCCGCCAACGGGCCCCCCACCUGCCACUCGUCACGUCUCCCCGAGUGCCCGCGGCCGUCAUCCUCGACAUCUGCACCGACACGCUCAGCCACAACCUCCGCAAACGUCUCGACGUCAACCUCUACAGUCUCGCGCUGGGCAUUAUCCUCCGCAUCGUGACGCACCUCGAACAGACCAAGACGCGCCUGCAACACCACUGGGCGUACAUCUGGGGCUCGUUGGUGUCGCUGAUCCGGUUCUUGACGCAGUACGCCUCUGACCUGCGACAUCUGAGGGGAGUCCGCGAAGAGCUGUGCGGUACGCUGGCCAACCUCGCCGCCUUCUGCCUGACCAAGGGCGACGGCUUCCUCCCGGACCCGGCGAGCUUCGACGACCUCUUCUACAAGGUGAUCGAGGCGUACAAUGUCCUCCCCAAGUUCAAGCAAGAGUACUGCGACUCGAGCAGUGGCCUUUCUGGUCCUGACGGCAGGCUGAAAAGAUCCAUAGAGGCACUGAUCACCGUGUCGUCGCACUACCACGGCCUCUUGCAGGCGCAGCACGGGAAAAAGACGCACGAGUCCCCGGCGGCAAUCCAAGAGGUCAUCAAGGAAGGAUACGACACGCUGAACCUGGAGACGGACGAAAACUUUGGCCAGUGGGACCGAUGGAGAGAGAACAACUGGAAAACAGAGAUCAAGAAAAUGAUCCGCGUCACUGUUGAGGAUGCGAGGGCCUUGUCUCUGUGGUGA